AUGUCGACUUGCUUUUCGAUGAGGACAGUAAAUUCACUUGGGGCGGCCGGGGAAUUAAUUGGACUUCCCAGGAUGCGAAGGAAGGCUGAGCCAGAUGGGCUUGCAUAUGCACGUGCUUUGUUGUCCGGGCCAGGAGACGGCCGGCAAGUACACUGGUCUGUCCGAGCAAAUGCAGCGCCCAAAGGGAAAGGCAUCCGCGAAUGUAUGGGGAGGCUUGAUCCCGGGAUAGGCCUGAGGUGUGUUUGCCCUGUGGAACCGUUCUGGUUUGCGAUGGAGGAUGUGGGAACGUCCCCGAGUUUGGGUCGCCUCUUCAUGGACCUGGUCCUGGAACGCGAUUACAUUUGA